AAGACAAUAUUUCAGAAAUGUGAACACAUGCAUACAAACGGUUCACGAAAUUUCUUCGCUUUGCAAAUUCACAAGAUAAGUUUGAAGAUGAAUUCAGUUUUAAAAACAAAAAUAGCUGUUUGCGGUUCAAAAGGUGUUGGAAAAUCUGCUAUAACUGUUCGCUAUUUAACAAAAAGAUUCAUAUCCGAAUAUAGUUCGUCCAAUGAUUUUUUAUAUAAGCAUGAUGUUACAUUCGAAGACAACACGAUAGCUGAAAUUGAAAUAUUAGAUGCAUCAAAUCAAGGAAACAGUUUUGACCAAAUCCGAUGGGGCGAUUCAUUCAUCGUAGUCUAUUCCAUUGUUGAUCGAGAUUCGUUUAAAGAAGCUGAAAAAAUACUUAAGAAAGUCACAAAAAUCAAGCUUCCUUCUUAUUAUACAGUUCUCCUUUUAGGAAACAAAAAUGACUUAGAACAUUCCCGCGAAGUUGCCAUAAAGGAAGGAGAACGAUUGAGCUACACUUAUAACUGUCAAUUUUACGAAACCUCUGCCGCUGAAUCAUGGUUAGGUGUUCAACUAAGUUUUCAUUAUCUCUUUAAAGAAGCACGCGCAAUUUACUUACAAAAACAUUUGCCAAUACGAAGAAAACUUGGUGUCAAUACUGUUGGAGUGAAUUUUUCUAAGGCUUUGGGUAACAUUUUUGGAAAAACUACAAAAAGUGAUAGAAAAAGACCAUCCCUUAGUAUAUAAAUUGGUUCUAUUUUUAUAAAAUUAUGAAAUGUAUUGAAGUGAAACUUAUGAAUUGUGUUUGUGUCUAAGCAAUAUUUUAAUUGAUUAAUACAAAUUCUUUUGCGACUCUGAAAUUUUUCGUACGUUUCUGAUUUUAUUACAUAUCAUGAAAUUUAACUGAACUUAAGGAAUAACAUAUUCUCAACUGUC